AUGAACAGUUUGAAUUUUCUCGCUCAGGCAGGCAAUACCCACUCUGGACUGGAAUCGUCUCGCGCAGGAAUCCGUACGCCUUCUGCAGAAUGCUUGAUUGGUCCUACUAGUAGGGCGAAUUUAGGCCCUUCAAUCUGCUUGUUCCACCCGGGGCAUCAGGCCGCCCACUUAGCUCUCUAUGUCCCCCAGAUCCAGAUCAUCCCCAACCCCGCUAAUAGACAACGAUCGCCAGAGUCGUCUUUGGAUGCUCUGGAAUCAACGAUGGGGGAAUUUCAACCAAUUGAUUGGAGACACUUCCGGCAAAUACUUCUCCAGAGGCACGGCGAUCGUAAAUCGCUUAUUCACGGCGGCGGAGGCGUGUUGGCCUGA